AGUGGGGGUUCUCCUUGGCCUGGAAGGACCCUCUAUGUGGGUGGUCCUUGUUCAGACUGGGCCAUUUGAGGACUGCUGGGACAUCUCUCUAUGGGCCUCAGUUUCCUUUUUUCUUGAAAGCCUCAGGCCCCGCUAGCUGGGCGAAGCGAUGAACUGGCAAUGACACUGGGAACAUCUCGGGCUGCGACCAGGACUGUGUCUGCCUGGCUGUCCAACACCCGGCAGGCACAGAGCCUGGCCCAGAGGCGCCGUGGACGUUGGCUGAACUGGCCAGAAGGGGAAGUACUUUGGGGAAGUUUAUAAAACUGUGUGGGAAAGCGAUGUUCAGAGCGGGACAAUGGCAGGCCAGAGGUCAACCCAGACCAGAUCCCCAAGACUUCCCAAUACCCAGGGCCCUCUCAGGCUGUGGAAGAGGCUGAAGGGUCCCAGCUGGGGACAGAUCGAGUUCACUCCAGAGCAGAUUGAAGAGUUCAAGGAAGCCUUCAUGUUGUUCGAUCGCACGCCCAAGUGCGAGAUGAAGAUCACGUACGGGCAGUGCGGGGACGUGCUGCGGGCGCUGGGCCAGAAUCCGACACAAGCCGAGGUGCUCCGCGUCCUGGGGAAGCCAAAGCAGGAAGAGCUCAACUCCAAGAUGAUGGACUUUGACACGUUCCUGCCCAUGCUCCAGCACAUCUCCAAGAACAAGGACACUGGCACCUACGAGGACUUCGUGGAGGGGCUGCGGGUCUUCGACAAGGAGGGCAAUGGCACGGUCAUGGGCGCCGAGCUCCGCCACGUGCUAGCCACGCUGGGUGAGAGGCUGACAGAAGACGAGGUGGAGAAGCUGAUGGCGGGGCAGGAAGACUCUAAUGGCUGCAUCAACUACGAAGCGUUUGUCAAGCACAUCAUGGCCAGCUGAACUUCUCGCCCCAGGGAGCCCCGGGGGAGGCGGCGCUGGGGGCAGCUCGUCUUCUACUUGUGAUGCGGACACCAGAGGCUUGGAGUUGCGAAGGGCCAGAGGGGAGCGCAUGGCUCUCUCUGCACAACCCUGCAGACUGGCCGUCAUCACUGCCAUCAGGCUACGCCGGCCAGUGACUGCAUCGCUGUCUCCGCUCCUUGGGCCUCAUGAAUA